AUGCAUGAAUUGAUGUGGAGUGAGGAACUUCUUGAUAUUCUCAAGCCUCUCGAUUGGCAUGGUGAUUGGCCCGAAAGUCGGAGAACAUGGAGAUACACAAGAGUCGACUCUUUUGAUGGCGCAGAGCUAAAUAUUGAGAAAGAAAUGAACAUAUUGCUAGGGAAAAACGGUGAAGCAGGCAAGCAGGAUCACAUCAAUGGGCAUGAUGACGACUCGUUCGGCAUUAUGGAGUUUCUCAACCCGCUUCAGAAAUUCUUCGCGUGUGCUUUAAUAAAUGAUACGUCAACCAAUCUAGCAGUGCAAGUUUGUUUGCUAGGACCACAAGGGAGAGUGGCAUUGUUUGAUACGAGCAAAAAUCAAUCUAAUUAUGUUCCCGGUUCAAAGUGUGACAGAAGAUAUAAGAACGACAAAAAAUUGUGUGUUGCUCUUCGCCGAUGGGAUGAAUCUUAUCAAGGAAGUCAGGAAGACUUUGUUGAAGACGUGAAUCAAAUAAGAAAGCAAUAUGCAAAUAAAUUCAGCGUUCACAAUAUGCAUCAAUUGAUUUGGAGUGAAGACUUGGUUAAAACUCUUGAAUCCUUCGAAUAUACAAACCCGCGGCCAGAUGCACCACAAACAACUUGGAGAUACACGGCUAUAACAACUUACAGCGAAAAACCUUAUAUUGAAUAUGAACUGAAAAAGUUCUUUGAGGACAGUGUAGAGAGUCAGGAGAAACAAAUCGAUGAACAGGUUGACAAAACUGUUUGGUUACUGGAAUUUCUGAAUCCUCGUCAGAAGUUUAUCGGAUGCGGCCCGAAACCCGACGGGAAUCGCAUGGUUAUAGUCUGCCUAAUGGGACCAGAAGGUAACUAUACACACCUCAAUUCCACCCGUCUAUCGAAUGAUACUCCUGAACUAGAGUGCGAUGAUGGUUAUAAACAAUAUAAUGGUUUAUGCUCGAUUCCAACCACAACAACAACUGAAAAACCAGAUGAACAAUCCUUCAAUCCUGAAAAUCCUCCACAAAAAACCAAGCCAACUGCAGCACCUCAAGUGGCAAGUGCGGGAAACCAGAUUCACAAGUUUUAUGUCGUCAUUUUCGUGGUCUCUUGGCUUUUUGCGUUUUGA